UCUUCCUUUCUCUCUCUCUCCCUCCCCUCUCCAACACUCCCAACUUUCUCCCCUCUAUUAAGUUCCAAGCUUCUUUCAAUCUGAAGUGAACAACAUAUUCCAAACAGGGGGUGUUCCAGAAAAAAUAGACGCCAUCCUUCCUCGUCACCCAGUCCUCUCCUCCUCCACCUUUCUCUCAUCACUCCCUUUCUCCCAUCUUGUCUACUCCCAUACUGAACCAUCCAUCUCUCUCUCCCCUUUCCUCCGUUCUCCAUUCUUCAUCCCCACAUCCACCUCUGAACUGCUGUUAUCUGUGUCUCUACCUUCCUUCUGUCUUUAACCUUCCUUUCGUCUUUUUGGGGUUCACCCCCCUGCAAUAAUUUCCCUGCUUCUCUCUCUUCACUCUCUUUCCCGUCCUCUUCCCUCUUUCCCUCCCUUCCUCUCUCCAUCCGGCCUCUCUCGGCCUCUGGUAGAGGUCAACAUGUGGGCCAACUACAUUGUCCAGCCGGAGGAGGAUGGCCGUAUGGGGGUGGUAGGAGCUGGGGCCCAUGGGGGCCUGGCCGGCCUGGCAGGGGUGAAGGGAGGGGGGCGUGCUACGAGGCGGACCCCUAGGAUGAGUGACAGCCAAGAGGGGAAGAUCAAGCUGGCGUUCUUUGUGGCCAUUGUGGGUGUGACCCUGACAGUGCUGGGGGUGGGAACAGAGUUCUGGGUGGAGCUGGCCACGCCCAAGACCUGGAGUAACAACCAGACGUGUCAGACAGCCCACUACGGCCUGUGGAAGGGGUGUACCCGCACCCUGUGGGUGGACGACAUCGACCCCGAGAGAGAGAGCUGUGGCCCCGCCGAUCUGCCAGGAGAAUCCAACUGCACUUACUUCAAAUUCUUCACCAAUGGACACAACGCAGUCAUAUUUAAUAAGACGACCCACAAGAACCUGAACAUAGCGGCUGCUAUCCUAGCAAUGAUAGCUCUGUCUAUGAUGGUGAUGGGAGCAAUCUGUAUCACCAUGUCCCUCAGUAAAGGAGUGCCCUUCUUCCUCAAGCCCGCCUCCUUCUGCUUCAUCCUAUCAGGUCUACUGGUCCUGCUGUCUAUACUGGUGUUUCACCAGUCAGUGCUGGCCCUGUUGUCAUCUGACCACUCCAUACCGCUCCACCAUGAGCUCUCCUGGUCCGUGACCUGUGUGGGCUUCGCUGGGGCCAUCCUCAUCAUAGGGGGAAUCCUUUUCCUGAUCCUCUCCCUCCCCUAUAGCUCCUGGGAGAAAUGUCUGCCUCAAUGCAACAGCAGCACUACCUAGCACAAUGGAGGCCCAGAAGAGCCCCAAAAGCACAUAACUGGGGGAAAAAUGUUUAGUUUUAUAUCAGGAUUGUAAUCAAACUCCAGUCCUCGAGGGAUUUAGUUGCUGGCUUUAGUUGUCAGGUAUAAAUCAGACACUGAUCAGAACAACUACAACCAGUAGACACUGAUGCCACCCAGGAGUUGAGUUGGAGACCCCUGUUUAUAUUGUCAGUCUGCUGGCUUUAGUUGUCAGGUAUAAAUCAGACACUGAUCAGAACAACUACAACCAGUAGACACUGAUGCCACCCAGGAGUUGAGUUGGAGACCCCUGUUUAUAUUGUCAGUCUGCUGGCUUUAGUUGUCAGGUAUAAAUCAGACACUGAUCAGAACAACUACAACCAGUAGACACUGAUGCCACCCAGGAGUUGAGUUGGAGACCCCUGUUUAUAUUGUCAGUCUGCUGGCUUUAGUUGUCAGGUAUAAAUCAGACACUGAUCAGAACAACUACAACCAGUAGACACUGAUGCCACCCAGGGGUUGAGUUGGAGACCCCUGUUUAUAUUGUCAGUUAUAUUGUCAAACUAGACUGAAAGGCUGACUAACUUGUAGGUCGACACAGUGUUUACUUAAUGCGAUAACAAUGAUGCUCACUAACUGUGCCUAGAACUCUACAAGCCUGCCCUAAAGCCUGCGACCUUACCAGAAAACACUACGUAGACCACAACUUCUCCACGUUUUGGCAUCAUGACCAACCUAUAGCUUUUAGAAGUUUCUGAUGACCUACCAAAGAACAAGCAAUGUUUCUAAGCAGAACCCGGUCUUUACCAGGGGGGUAAUGCUGGGUUAAACAAAACCAAAGCAUGGAUUGAUGUCUUAACGUGUCCAUUGACUGUUAACAGGGUAAGGAAACCAAUAUGUCAUUUAGUUAUUGAACUAGUUCUUUAAACACAACGCCAACCACACUGUAGUUGUAGAUAAAGACCCAGCAGUGGGGUGCAGCAUCCUGUCUGUACUAUGAACUAUGUACUAACCAUUACUUAUUGAUAGUGUUACUUAGCCAAUGAAAUGGUAAUGUGGUAACCAUGGUAACAUGUAGGUCACUACCGUUGCUAAGGGAGGAGAUGCUAUAUUGUUUCCAGGAAGUGGCAUAGCCAUCCCUGCUACAUGAAACGCCUUGCAGGUUGUCACUAUUAAUCUAUUAUGAAUGAUUAUGACGUCUUACACUUAAUACCUAGAAAUAAUAUAUUAUCUAUUUAUUAUCUACACAUUGUCCACAUGAAUGAAUGCUGUUUUUAAGUAAGAAUGUGUGAAUGAUUGAAUGUAUGUAUGGAAGUAUUGUAUGGACUCACUUUACAAGCACAGCUCUGUAUAUAAAAUAUGUGUUUAUAUUUUAUUUAUACCUGCACACUGUAGCCUUUUGUUCAAGCUUAGGGGGGUGUUUUUAGUUUUUAGCUUAUUCAAACCCUUUUUUCAUCAUGUGUUUUAUUUGUCUUAAUAAAGCCCACCUUGUCUUUCUCUACCUACAUGUGUGUUUGGGGAAAUACACAUUGUGCCUAAAUGGUCCUAUGAUCAUAUGUAUGUCUCAAUGGGUUUGCUUUUGAAAUAAAUAGAUUUGACAUAA